GUAUCCUUUUUGGUCGGCAUGAGUAAUUUAAAGUUUAUACGCGGGUGUGUGUUAAAACCUCAAUUGAUAUUAUAUAUCCGUACCGAUAGAUGUCGCUUAAUAUAUUGAAUAAUAGAUAAAUCUACUGACACGAAUAACUUUUGACAAUAUAGAGAGAAAAAAAAAGUUUUUGGAAAUUUACAAUUUUCACGAUUUCUUGCAGUAUAUGAACUCGCUCAUCAAUGAUGAUUUGAUUUCUACGUAAGCCCGGACAUAUACUGACGAAGACGGUGAACAUGAGGAUUUUCACAAACUCUUACAGUCACGAUUGAGACAUUCACCGAAAUCAAAUAAAAAUGGCACUAAACACGACUGUGUUAAAUGGGAGCUUAUCGUUUAAUGAAACCGUGUCGCUUGCAGAAUCAAGAAUGGCAGAGAAAAGGGUGUUGCUUGAGAAAGCAAAUUUGGAGGAGGUGAUCAGACAAGUUCCUCUAAUAAUAUUCAUGCUGUUGAUAUCCGUUCUUGGAAUUCCCGGAAAUGGACUCGUCUGCUACAUUUAUCGCUCAAAGUACAACAUGUCCAGUUCAAGAUGGUUUAUCUUCUUCCUGGCUUCUGUGGACCUUUUGAUAUGUAUAAUUAUAGUGCCAUGUGAAAUAGCGACGCUUUUUCAGCAGCAUAAUUUCACAAACGCGAACUGGUGCAGAUUUUCCGCGUUUUUCAACCUUUUGGCGAUUCUGUCUUUGGGAUUGACCUUAGUGAUUGUGUCUAUUGAUCGAUAUAGGAAAGUUUGCAAACCCUUAGGUUGGCAAAUUCAUUUUGAAAAAGCAAGAAUUUUAAGUAUUAUUGCCGUUGUACUUGCAUUUUUCAUCUCGCUUCCUGUGUUUUCUGUAUACGGUAUACACGAGUUUCAGCUUAAAGGACUUAAUGUGAAUGCAACCGAAUGUUCUUUCCGAAAAGGUUUUGGAGAAUCAAAUCUUGCCUUUAUCUAUGUAAUAUUCGGAAUGAUUCUUUUUACAUGCGCUCUGAUAACUAUUUGUAUUUUGUACUGUUUUAUCGGCGGAGAGAUAAAACAACAUAUAGAAAAAGAAAGGGUGAAAAGACAUCUUAGUUUGACGGCACCGAUGGCAAGAAAAAGUGACCAUAAACGGCUUGAGACGUCAACAUUUUCGAGCAAAAGUGUUCGGUCCAGUGAAACCGCAGUAAAAAAGAAAUCGGUUAAGUUCGGUGACCAACAGACAAUUGUACAGCCUAAGAAGCCGCUCAGAGAACAGUGUGAAGAUAUCUCGAAUGCGGAAAACUCGACCAAAAGCAUGUCUGAAAACGACACGUAUGACUUUGAUAUUCCUAAACGACCAAUGACUAGAGCCCAAAAGACAAAAUCGAAGAAAAUAUGGAGAGCGCGUGCGCGUAAAGCAACACACAGCAUGUUUCUGAUUUCCUUGGCAUUUGUUCUAAGUUAUCUCCCUUUCCUUUGUUUGUUGCUUGCAAGGAGCGUGAAGACGAAUUUUGAUGAGUCGAUGUCUGACGGCUGGAGAGCCGUUUACAAGUUUUUCUUGAGGUCAUAUUUUCUGAACUGUGCGAUAAAUCCAUUUAUUUAUGGAAUGUCAGAUUCAAAAUUUAGACAAAGCUGCAAAGAUGUACUGUACGACAUACGGAAACAGCUGCGGAAAUGUUUCAAGUGUUAAAAAAAGUAUAACAACUACAUUGAAAAAAAACAUGAGAGAACCUCCCUUUAGGAACAUUUGGUAGAAGAUCUAUAUACUCGUACUGUUUAAGACAUUAUCUGUUGAAUGAAAUGUAACGACAAAGUGCAAAUAAGUACGGUGGUAUGUUUAGGCCACGCAUUUUUUAAAGAUUAAAUUUAUCUUGGCGUACGAUAUCUUAUCUCGUGCGCACGUCAUCUUAUCUCGAGCGCUCGAGAUCUUAUCUCCUGCGUUCGACAGCUUAUCUCAUGCGCACGACAUCUUAUGUAUUGCGCUCGAGAUAAGAUGUCGUGCGCACUAGAUAAAAUGUCAUGCGUCCGAGAUAGGAUGUCGUGCGCUCGAGAUAAGAUGUCGUGCGCACGAGAUAAUUUAAUCUUUAAAAAAUAAAUGCAUGACCUUAAUAUACCACCGUACAUAAGGGAUAUUUACAUACAUUUAACAAAUUUUCUAACCGGCUACGUUUAACUCGAAAAUACUAUUUGAAUGUUCGAAUUUUUAUGGAGACUGCAAAUGAACAUUUGCAGGCCGAGAUUAUUUUAUCGCUGAAUGGAUUAAAAGUGUCAAAUUUUUCGUAAAAUCACAUGUUUGUUGUAUGAUAUUACAGUUUAUAGAGCAUCAUUUACUGCAACAAUACGGAGUAUUUUGAAAUGUAAAAGUUUCAAAUCACUGCCCUUUUAUACAGAAGUUUGAAAGUUCAGUUGACGUAUAUGUACAAAAAAAUACUGCCUGUAAACACUGCAUAAAUGUUCCCGGAAGAAGCAAAAAUAUUACGAGAAAUAUCAGGAAUGUUUGUAUUGCUAUAUACUGAUAGUAACUGAUUUCUUCCAAUCAUCGGUGUCCCAGUAAUACAUGUUGUAACUGAUCUUAUCAUCCGGGUUUCCAUUCAUGUAUAAUGGUAUAUAUAUUCAUUGUACUCUUAAAUGGUUGCUAUGGCUUUGCAAAAUUAAACCUUUCUGAUUUAA